ACUUGAGAGUUGGGUGGACAUCUUUCGUCUACAGAUCAAACCAACGCCACAUUUCCCCUCUUUGUCUCUCUUUUCUCGUUCUCUCCGCCUCUCUCCCUGUAUAUUUAUUCAUCUCCCCCAUUUCAAUUCCUAACCCCAAAGCUAUUGCAGCUUAGCUUAGCUGACAAUGGCUUUCUCUGGAAGCAAGAUGAUUAUCCAGCCCCUCUCUCACUCUCUCCACGCCACUAGCAGAUCAGACAACCCGCUUCUCUCCGAUCCCUUUAGUAAGGCCGCUAAGCCCAUCACCACUUCAUCCCCUUUCCUUGGAUCAACUCGAACCCUCCGACUCAAUCAAUCCGUUGCAACUGCUCAACGUCAAGCUGCUUCCCGAAUCGUUGCUGUCUCCGAUGUUUUCAAGGAAAAGAAGCUCAAAUCCAAAACCAAUCUCCUGCUGACGAAAGAAGAAGGUUUAGAAGUAUACGAGGACAUGAUAUUGGGCAGAGCUUUCGAGGACAUGUGUGCCCAGAUGUAUUACAGAGGGAAAAUGUUUGGUUUUGUCCAUUUAUACAACGGGCAAGAAGCUGUUUCCUCAGGAUUCAUCAAGCUGUUGAAGAAAGAGGACAGUGUUGUGAGCACCUAUCGUGAUCAUGUUCAUGCUCUGAGCAAGGGGGUGCCAGCACGUGCUGUGAUGAGCGAGCUGUUUGGGAAGAAAACAGGGUGUUGCCGAGGUCAGGGUGGAUCCAUGCACAUGUUCUCUGCUGAACACAAUGUGCUUGGUGGGUUUGCCUUUAUAGGAGAAGGCAUCCCGGUUGCGACUGGUGCAGCAUUCAGUAGCAAGUACAGGAGGGAAGUGUUGAAGGAAGCGGAUUGUGAUCAUGUGACAUUGGCGUUCUUUGGAGAUGGGACUUGCAACAAUGGGCAGUUCUUUGAGUGCUUGAACAUGGCGGCUCUAUGGAAACUGCCCAUCAUAUUUGUGGUGGAGAACAAUCUUUGGGCAAUUGGGAUGUCCCAUCUGCGUUCAACUUCAGAUCCAGAAAUCUGGAAGAAGGGCCCCGCUUUUGGGAUGCCAGGUGUCCAUGUUGAUGGCAUGGAUGUGUUGAAGGUCAGGGAGGUAGCAAAGGAGGCUAUUGGAAGGGCUCGGAGAGGGGAAGGCCCCACUUUGGUUGAGUGUGAGACUUACAGAUUUAGAGGACACUCUUUGGCUGAUCCUGAUGAGCUUCGUGACCCAGCUGAGAAGGCACAUUAUGCAGCACGAGAUCCAAUAACAGGAUUAAAGAGGUAUCUGAUUGAAAACAAACUGGCGAGUGAAGCAGAUUUGAAGGCAAUAGAGAAGAAGAUAGAUGAGGUGGUUGAAGAAGCUGUGGAGUUUGCAGAUGAAAGCCCUGCUCCUUCAAGAAGCCAACUGCUGGAAAACGUGUUUGCUGAUCCAAGAGGCUUUGGAAUUGGACCUGAUGGCAGUUACAGGUGUGAGGACCCCAAGUUUACUCAAGGCACUGCUCAGGUCUAAUUAUGGAUAUGUCUCUUUUCUUUCUUUCUUUUAAUUCACCUCACCUCACCUCUUGUCUUUGUCCGCCACCCAGAUUGAUAUUGCUGCUUAUGUAACAUUACAGCAGUUCUUGAAUCAUGAUUGUAGUUGUGUUU